AUGGGCCAACUUGCAACCGAGAUGAAGGAGCUGAAGCAGAGUAGCAGGAAGUUAACGAGUGAUACAACAACAAACCCCGCUCAUCAAAAGAAAGGCAGCUCAGUUGGCCAGGUAAGUACUUUACGUAGUGGCAAAAUUUAUAAAAAUGUCGACACUCCACCACAGCUUGUUGAUGGUGUGGUGGAGGAUUUAGGUGAAGAGGGUGAGAGUGAUGAUGAAUCGGAACCUAACAUUGUUAAAAUUGAUGGUAACAAUACCCGUGCUACAACUUCUAAGCCAAUCAAGGCUAAGGAAGGGGAACCGAUUUUACCUCCCUUUCCCGAAGCCUUGAAGGAUCUGGGUAAUAUAAAGAUAAUCAAUAAAAAGGGACCUCAACCGGAGGAAAUCUGGGAGGUAUUUAAACAAGUGAAAAUCAAUUUACCCUUAAUCGACGCCAUUAAACAGGUUCUGGCCUAUGCUAAAUGCCUUAAGGAAUUGUGCACUCAAAAACGGCAGCACAAAGUCCCUGAAAAAGUUGAUCUAACUGAUAGAGUUAGUGCUGUUUUGAAUGGAGUCCUUCCACCUAAGCUACGAAAUCCCGGGACGCCUUUAAUUUCAAUUCAAGUUGGUGAUUUUAAAAUGAGUCGGGCAUUGUUGGACCUCGGAGCUAGCAUGAGUAUCCUUCCGGGAAGCUUGUACAACCAAUACAUUUUUGGUCCACUGCGUCAUGCUGACACAACUGUUGUGUUGGCAGAUUUGACCCCUAAGAUUCCUCAAGGGAUAGUUUGCGACGUGAUAGUUAAGGUGGAAGAAUUCUAUUUUCCAGUUGACUUCUUGGUGCUUGACUAUGUUUCUUCUGAUCAAGUCUAUCAGCCAAACGUUAUCUUGGGCCGACCUUUCUUAGCCACUGCGCAUGCUCAGAUCGACUGUCGCACCCGUACUGUCGACAUGGCAUUUGGCAAUAGAACGGUCCGAUUAAAUAUGUUUUCAAACGUUUCUGACAUGUUUUCUAGUGAUGAAUGUUUCAUGGCAGAUAUCAUAAAUGGAUGUCAUCCUCAUGUAGAGGAUGAAAUGUUCGAGUUUUGUUUGCUUUGUGACAAGAUAGAAGAAAAUCACAUGUGUGAUUUGGAAGAAGAAGUUCAGAAAUUAGAAGCACAGGUGGUGCAAGAGAGAAGGCCCGCAUGGUCCCAUCAUGUGGAGAGCCAACCUACUGAGAUUUCAUCUGGUUUGAAACCGUCCCUAAUCUGCCCACCGAAGGUAGAAUUGAAGGAGCUGCCUGCGCAUUUGAAGUAUGCGUUUUUAGGAGAGGAUCAGACUCUCCCGGUUAUUAUUACAGCUAAUUUGGAGAAAGAACAUGAGGAAGCACUACUGAAGGUGCUAAAGACCCAUCGAGCAGCGAUCGGGUGGACUCUCACCGAUUUGAAAGUAUAA